ACCUGCGGCCGCGCUUCUCCUCGGCGGCCGCAGUCGGAGAGCGGUCGGCGGAACUCCCGCAGCGCCGGAAAGGUGGGGCCGCACCAAGGACGAGCGGGAGGGGCGCGGGCCGGCGGCUGUGCGCAGCUGGGGGCGGCGGGCGGGAAAUGGAGCCGCUCUCCUGCUUUUGUACUGCCGGCAGCGCGGCGAGCCGAGGCGGGGCGGGCCGCGCCGCGCUGCUCCGCGGCCGUCUGCGUCGCGGUGCCUCCGUCCUGCGGGGAUCGGAGGUCGGGCUUUGAGGCUGUGUGGUGUCAGCGUGUGAGAGGGGGAUGCCGGGCUUGCUGUAGGCCUUCGUCCAGGGAGCCCGAGGGUAAAAAUGAAUGUUGGAGUUGCCCACAGCGAGGUGAAUCCAAACACGCGGGUGAUGAACAGCCGUGGAAUGUGGCUGACGUACACGCUUGGGGUUGGCCUCCUUCACAUCGUCCUGCUCAGCAUCCCUUUCUUUAGUGUCCCUGUUGCGUGGACUUUAACAAAUGUGAUUCACAACUUGGGAAUGUAUGUCUUCUUGCACGCAGUAAAGGGGACUCCUUUUGAAACACCUGAUCAGGGCAAAGCGAGGCUCCUGACACACUGGGAACAACUGGAUUAUGGAGUACAAUUUACAUCUUCAAGAAAGUUCUUCACAAUCUCUCCUAUAAUUCUGUACUUCCUGGCCAGUUUCUACACAAAGUAUGAUCCGACACACUUUAUCUUCAACACCACCUCUCUUCUGACAGUGCUUAUCCCCAAGCUGCCGCAGUUGCACGGUGUUCGAAUCUUUGGCAUCAAUAAAUACUAGACAGAAGGUGUGAAGCUGACCGAUCCUGACAGAUUCUGCUUCGUGGGCGAAGGAAACGAAUAACCUGCUGUUAUCUAAUUGUAUUCAAUGAGAGAUGCUUUUACAUCCGAGAUACAAUUACUACUUCCUUGCAGCACUGUCUGGGUGGAAGUUGAGUUUAUAAGAUGCCUUCAAAUGCUGAAAUGUGAAUAGGAAACUUCUAGAUGGAAGAUUUUCUGAAGCAGCGGGCCGGCCCAGCUCUACGGUGUAAUCAGCACUAUGAGUAGAUGUAGGUGUGGCUGAGGCAGGUAAGGGAGGUGUGAAUAACUGCUGAAAUGGGGAGUGAUGUUUCACCAGCGCACGGUCAGCCGUGAUGGAAAUGGUAACCUACGGUAUAAAUCCGGCAGCCUCCACUCGGAGGACUGGCAACACUUUGUAGACAGGUGAAAGUAGCUGGUUCCUGCUCUGUGGAUCCUGAACGGGUGUGUUUGUUACUGCAUUAUACAAGAUUGUCUCAGUAAAUACUGUGACAGUUGGUAAAAAGGGAUGGUAUGAUUCAUGUCUUAUCUGUCCUUGUAACUUUUGACACAAAGACCGGAGAAAGUCCGUAACUGUCUGCUCGGGGAUUGCCACAUCCACUCGAUAGCUCGGUGUAGGUGUGCUUUUGCAAGUUGCCACUGCUGUAUUUAUUCCAGCUCGCUAACAGAACGUGGACUCUUCUGUCUGUAAUUGGGACAUCCUGAGCCCUGCAGCGCUGGGGGAGAGGGACGUGCAGGAGAAGCAGCUUCAUCAUAGAACAAGUCAGAGGAAUAGCAGAAGUUCUGCGUAGAUCCUCGGCUAGGACAGAAGUGGUGCCAACAGCAGGAUAAGAGACGGAUUGCACGGCCUGACUGUGUGCUGUUUGCAGAACAAGAUACAAACGCCCUGCAUGGAGGCAUGCGGGAAUGCGGGGUAGGGCUGCCAGGCACCGGUGUGCGAUCCCAGCGGAGCUGCCCUGGGAGCAGAUGGGAGGAGGUGCAGAGCUCCGCGGCCAGGGAGAGGACGUGUGCCAGCCUGCCCACGGCUGCCUGGCGGGCAGCUGGCAGAAGGCUCGCUUUGUCUUGUGGUUGCAGUGAGGGGAGAGGGGGAAAAAGUCUCUGUUCCUGCCGGGAGAAUCUUCUAGCAAUGCGUGAUGAAGAUGCUAUUCAAAAAGAGUGAGUUAUUGGAAGUAAAUAAUUCCUUCUUUGUGCAAA